AUGUCACAACCUAGUAUGUCGUUCUUUCAAACUCGUUAACGGGCUAUUUACUCAGAAGUGAUUAACCCUGAAAACUCAGUGUUGUACUAAGACUUGUCAUAUUUGCCAGAUAUAACUUUGAAUACGACUAUGAAAUAAAGAGUGCCCAAGGCCUAUUCAUUAAAGAAAACUACGAAUACGUCUAGAUUAUCUGGGGCACAUUCAAUUUAGAAGAUCUCUGAGGAAUUGGUGGUGGAGCCUAAAGUGCUUGAACCAUAUGAGCCGAUUGGAGAUAACAUUCCAAGAAAAGUAGCAAUCAACAGAAAACAGAAGCUUUAUGCAUCAUUCAAUAUACUGCAGUUAUUAGAUUAAGAAGUAUGGACAUCAAUUUGA